AUGGAGAUUGUCACGUCAUUGGUGGUCAAUGCAACGCCUGAAGACAUGAACAGUACCUCCAACCCCCAGUGGGGGGUGCCCUACCUGAAGAAACUAGCCCACUUGGACGAGGGCCUGUACCAGGAGUUCUAUGGCCUGUGGGUGACCCUGAUGGUGGUCAACACCCUGAUGUUCGUGGUGGGUGUGGUCCUUAACAGCCUGACCCUCUGCAUCUUCUGCCUGCCCUCCCAGACCUCAUCCGCCCCUGUGGUCUAUACCAUCAACCUGGCAGUGGCUGACUUGUUGGUGGCGCUCUCGCUCCCUGCCCGCAUCGCCCUCUACCACAGCGGUGGAGGGUGUCUGGCGUGUUCCUACGUCCACACCUUCAGCUACUUCGUCAACAUGUACUGCAGCAUCCUCUUCCUCACCAGCAUCUGCGUGGACCGCUACAUUGCCGUGGUGUGGGCCGGGGCCGGGCGCCGCUGGAGGAGCCCCGGGGUUGCCAAGGGAGUCAGCGCGGGGAUCUGGCUCUUUGCCGUGGUGGUCACCUACUCCUUCCAGACCACGGCGCUGGAAAUCAAGGCCACAUCAUGCUGCCGCCUCACCGCCCUCUUCGCCCUGACCUUCCUGGAGUUCCUGCUCCCCCUGGUGGUCAUCGUGACGUUCACGCUCAGGGUGGCGUGCGCCCUAACCGAGCCCAGGCUGAUGCCUCAGAGCUGGGGCCGGCGGGCCAGAGCGGUCAGGCUCCUGGUGGCUGUCCUGGUCGUCUUCUCCGUCUGCUUCGUGCCUUUCCACGUGCGCCAGGCGCUGGUGUACUUCCGGAUGGGGGGUGACAGGGCACAGCAGGUGGUGGCGUACCACGCCACGGUGACCCUCAGCAGCCUCAACAGCUGCCUGGACCCAGUGGUCUAUUGCUUUGUGACGGACAGCUUCCGCUCGGCCAUGCGCCGGGCCUGCAGGAAGAGGGCAGAGGCGGAGACGGAGAGGACCAGUGGAGGGGACGUGGCCAGUGGACUAAGGAGUUCAAAAGGAUCAGGGACAGCCACGGCUAUCGCUCACAGUGUGGCCACACUGACUCUCACCACCUGCACCCUGCGACAGAUGGAGAUGUCUGCAUAG